CGUAGAACUUCGCGUGCGGCAAUGUGAACUCUGCACACUCCUCGCCUCCCACUUGAGUUGUGCGUGUGUACGUGCGUGUGUGUGCCUGCAUGUAUGUGUGUGCGUGUGUGUGUGUGUGCAUGAGUGGAGCUCUAAAAUGACCGAUUUCCCAAUGAACGAUAUACUAAGAUCGUUUAGAAAAAUGCGCAUGCAUAAGAGCUCCGGUCAAGGCAGUCACCUGAUUCCGCAUCAUCAACAUCAUCAUCAACAACAUCAUCAACAUCAUCAUCAUCAUCAGCAGCAGCCCCAAAACUAUCCGCACUAUCAACAGCCGCCAGUUCAACAGUCGAAAGAUCUGAAAAAGAUUAUCAAAAUUAUCAAAAAGAGUGUUAUUAAGCAAAAAAUUACGCGAAAAAUGAAAAUUGUUGUCUAAAGUUUUACGAACAAGAAAGUGCAAAAGAAAAUAUA